AGCCGCAGUGUGAGGGACGUUGACAUCCUGUCGCCGCUUCCCAUUCCGCCAUGGGUUGACGAUCCGAGUCGCUACUCUGAGAACCUGGUCGACAUGCUGAACGAGGAAGUUACGGACUUUGUCGAUUUUAUGGUCCCGAACGAGGCCGAGCAUUCUUUGAGAGUGCUGACUGUCCAGCGUAUCCGGGAUUUGGCGAUCCGGCUAUGGGGCCCACAAACAACCGUCAACGUCUUUGGCAGCUUCGAGACCAAGCUUUACCUCCCAUCCAGCGAUGUCGAUAUUGCUAUAUUCGGCUGUGGGGAGCGGACGCCCUCGUGCCUAUAUACGCUCCAGGGCGAGCUUCGAAAAUCGAAAUUUGCCUCCAAAGUUGAAGUGAUUGCAAGCGCCAAGGUCCCAAUCCUCAAGUAUGUCGACGCACUGACAGGUUUCCCGGUUGAUGUCAGCUUCGACAUCGCAGGCGGCGUGCAAUCCGUCUCCAUCGUCAAACAGUUCAUGGAGGAUCCGUCGUGCGCCGUGGCGCUAAAACCACUGGUGAUGAUCAUCAAGCAAUUCCUGAUGCAGCGGUAUCUGAAUGAAGUCUAUACCGGAGGAAUGGGCAGCUACGCGGUUCUGUCGCUCGUGGCAGCCUUCCUCAAGGUGCACCCCCUGCUGCAAAGCGGACAAAUCGACGCCAAACGCAACCUCGGCAUCCUGCUUAUUGAGUUCCUCGAGCUCUACGGCCGAAACUUCAAUUUUUCCAACAUGGGGCUGGCUGUCACUCUUGAUGGCGUCUACUACUUCAAUAAGGACGAGUUCAGACAGCAGCGCCGGUUUGGCGGAGAAAAGUUCAUGUUUACCGUCCUCGAUCCGCAGGAUCCAUCAAACGACAUUACCCGAGGAUCCUACAAUGCCGGCGUCAUUCGCCGCGAGUUUGGAAAGGCGUACACACGGAUCACCGGCAUCAUCGGCGCCUUUGUUCAUCGCGAACGACAGCACCAGGAAUGGCAGCGAAGCCGGCGGCGGUCGAUGAACGAAACUGUAUUUGAGCAGCCCAGACGGCCCAACACUAUCCUGGGAACAAUCCUCACGAUUCCAAAGCAAGUGCUUAUCCAUCGGCAGGAGAUCCAGGAGCGUUGGGAG